AUGGACGACGCUCUGCAUGUUCAGGAUCCCGCUGAAGACGAGCAGGAUAAGGAUGUGCUAGCUGAGCCUGCAGACAACACGGAAACAGGGUCCGUGGCCCCAUUGCCACACUCAUCAGGGGAGGCCACCAGAGGCAGCGCAGAUAUCACACCGGGGAGGAAAGAAGGGAGCCAGGACUCGAAUGCAUCAGACAGCAAGUCCUCGUCGCUGUCCUCGUCGAUUCCCCCAUCAUUAUCCAGCUCUACUGGUCUUAGUGAGAUAUCGAGGGAAACAAGGCCGGGGGGAGGAGAAGGAGACGGCCAUGAUGCGCCUCCCAGCGGAUCGACGCCGUCGACAUCAGAAUCAUCGCUAUUACCUCCUAAUCCCUCUCCAACGUCAGAUGCGCAGCUGAAAUCAACCGCGCCGGCCUCUACUUUAACUCUUGAGAGGGAGGUGACGGACUACGCUGCUCUAUCAAACAGAGUCAAGCCGAGAUCGUCGAUACCUGCACGCAUCCCAUCUUCCGUAUAUGGGCAACAAUGUGUAGAAUCUGCUUACAUCUCCAGGCUAAAUCCGUAUUCUCUUCACAAGGGUGAACAGGAGCUGUUGCAGGACCACCUGUGCCAUCUACAUGUCACCGCAUACCUUAAUAUUCGGAAUGGUAUAUUACGCCUGUGGUCACGCAACCCCAUGCUCAGCGUCACCGAAGAUGAGGCACUGGGCUGUGCAAAGGAUUCUCGAUGGAUGCCACUCGCCUCAGUUGCGUAUAACUGGCUUGUCCGAAAUGGGUAUAUAAAUUUCGGAUGCAUUGACAUACCUAAAUGCCCAUCCACUCAGAAACGCGGGCGACGAAGAGAUGGUCCUACAAUUGCGAUAGUAGGAGCGCUACAGGGGCUUUUUCAACAUUAUUAUGGCGGUUCAGUAACUCCCAAAAUAAUACUCCUAGAGGGCCGGAAACGGAUAGGUGGCAGAAUAUACUCUCAUCCGUUACGGAGUCUUGAGACGACAGAGUUGCCCGAGGGACUCCGUCCUACUGCCGAAAUGGGGGCACACAUCAUUGUUGGAUUUGACCAUGGUAAUCCCUUGGACCCAAUCAUACGUGCCCAGCUUGCGCUACGCUACCAUCUACUCCGUGAUAUUUCAACAAUAUAUGACACAAAUGGGCUUCCUGUCGAUGAAAUGAGAGAUUCGAUGACAGAAAAGCUGUAUAAUGAUAUACUAGAUAGGUCAGGGACAUAUCGCCAUAAAUCGGUUGCGAUACCCACAGCGGAAGGGGACAGAGAGCUAAUUGACUCUGGACGAGACACAUCUGCUGAUGACGGAAUAACAAUAAGAGAGUACGAGGAUGCUGCAGCUUCUGGGACUACGGGCACAUUAUUGCCAGCUGCCAGACUACGACGAGGCGUUGGACACAAGACGACAGAUAUUAAGCCGGCAGCUGGGCCAGCUCUCUCUGAGCUCCAGCCUACAAAAGAGCAUUCAGCAGCGACAACCUGUCAAGCUAUGGGCUGGAAGUUGCGCAACAACGUUUCCACGGCUGAUUCAUUAUCUCUCGAUGAAAUUGCCAAUGCAUCCAGUACUCAGAGCCUUGGCGCGGUGAUGGAUGAUGCGAUAAAUCAGUACCAGAAGCUUCUCGAUCUCACACCGCAAGAUAUGAGAUUGCUGAACUGGCACUUUGCCAAUCUUGAAUAUGCCAAUGCUGCCAGUGUUGGAAAGCUCAGCCUUUCGGGUUGGGAUCAAGACAUGGGCAAUGAGUUUGAAGGAGAACAUGCUCAGGUCGUCGGUGGAUACCAGCAGUUACCACGAGGACUAUGGUCGCUACCGUCAAAACUAGACGUCCGUACGAAGAAGACUGUGUCUAAAAUAUGGUACAACGCUGAUUCGACCUCGAAUGAGAAAACUCGAGUUGAGUGUGAGGAUGGGGAAACAAUUUACGCCGAUAAGGUGGUAUUCACGGCUCCCCUUGGUGUAUUGAAGCGGUCAUCCGUGGCUUUUAACCCAGCACUACCAGAGUGGAAAACCAAUGCCAUCAAACGCCUUGGUUUCGGCUUGUUGAAUAAAGUCAUUCUUGUCUUCAAAGAACCUUUCUGGGAUAUGCAAAGGGAUAUGUUUGGUCUCUUAAGAGAGCCAACGGUUGAAAACAGCAUGCUUCAGGAUGACUACCGUGCUAAUCGGGGACAGUUCUAUCUUUUCUGGAACUGUAUGGCGACCUGCGGAUUACCCAUGCUCAUUGCCCUAAUGGCUGGAGAAUCAGCCCAUGAGGCCGAGAAAUUAUCCGACGAGGAGAUAAUAAAGGGGGUCACCUCACAGUUAAGAAACAUCUUCAAAGACAAGGCCGUUCCCGAUCCUCUCGAGACCAUCGUAACUAGAUGGGGCCAAGACAAGUUCGCGCAAGGAAGCUACUCAUACGUAGCGGCUGAGGCACUACCCGGUGACUACGAUGCAAUGGCCAAGUCUAUUGGUACUUUAUAUUUCGCUGGUGAGGCCACUUGUGGAACACACCCGGCAACUGUCCAUGGAGCAUAUCUCUCUGGCCUACGGGCAGCUAGCGAAGUUAUCGAGUCAUACCUUGGCCCGAUUGAUAUUCCGUCGCCUCUUGUGCCAGCAAAGAAUAAGGCUUCAAAUAAUGCUUCGAUGCCAACGACUCCAACCUCCGCUUCGCCGCAGAAGAAACGCAAACCCGUGUCUGCUCCUAACGGCGUGUCUCACGAAUCACUCUCUGCGGCCGCCGCACCUGCAUCCGAAGACGUGUUGCGACAAGCGUACGAUGAAGCCAUGUGGGCAGCCAUCAUUUCCGAGCUUGGCCCAGCAGAACCUCGCCCACGCAAACUUGCCCUGAACCCAUUCCUGCUAUACCAGAAAGACUACUGGUAUGUUUGCAAGACUGAAUGCGACAAUGCCAAAAUCAAAGCUACGGGGAAAGAAAAUGCAAAGGCUCCCCGAGACGAAAUCCGACAAGCACUUGGCCAAAUGUGGCGCGAUGAAGUGAGGAGAUCAAGAAGCCAUAUCUAG